GCAGUAUUAGCCGUCUCUCCGUAUCAUUCACAGGAUCUGCUUCCCGCAGCCGCCACCUUGUUGUCAGCCUUUCCCGGAGUCCGCACUCCACUCUCCCCUCCGGGUCGCCUCCGGUAGUCAUGUCUGAACAGGGCAGUAGCAGCAGCCGAUACCAGCAGCUACAGAAUGAAGACGAGCCUGUAGAAAAUCCCCAGGCAGGAACAGACGCUCCUCCUCCAUAUAGCAGCAUUGCUGGUGAGAAUGGAGCAUUCUUUGAUUACAAAGAUGAACCUGGUUUUCCAAAGCCACCGUCUUACAAUGUGGCCACCACGCUUCCCAGUUACGAUGAAGCAGAGAGGACCAAAACAGAGGCCACGAUACCUCUGGUACCUGGAAGAGAUGACGAUUUUGUGGCAAGAGAUGAUUUUGAUGAUGCUGACCAGCUAAGGAUAGGAAAUGAUGGCAUUUUUAUGCUCACAUUUUUCAUGGCAUUCCUCUUUAACUGGAUUGGAUUUUUCCUCUCGUUUUGCCUGACCACUUCAGCUGCUGGCAGAUAUGGAGCCAUUUCUGGGUUUGGCCUCUCGUUGAUUAAGUGGAUUCUAAUUGUCCGCUUCUCCACCUAUUUCCCUGGAUAUUUUGAUGGCCAGUACUGGUUGUGGUGGGUGUUUCUGGUUCUGGGAUUCCUCCUAUUUCUUAGAGGGUUCAUAAAUUAUGCUAAGGUUCGGAAGAUGCCUGAUAACUUCUCUACUCUCCCCAGGACCAGAGUGCUCUUUAUUUAUUAAAGAUGUGUUUUGGCCCCAUCCUUCCUGCCAUUUCAUGAGUACCCUAUCUCAAAACACCAAGAAGAUCUACAGGAAGGGGCAAGAAGCAUUGACCGAAACAAAAAAAGCACCUGUUUCAUUUAGAAAUUCAAAUUAUGAAGUAAAAAAAAAAACAGAGAUAAAAGUACUGUUGAAGAUAAAGAAGAAAAUAAGCAUUUUUGUUUGUAGAUGUAAAACUUAAUAGUUCUUUGCAAAUUAUUAUGUUAUUAUGAAAUCAUUAGUGGCUAUUGUUUAAAAUCAACGCUCUAGCAAUCAAGUUUCUGACAUACUAAUAAAGCCUUAUAUAUUGUUUGUAAAAAGUUCCACAGCAUUGAUUGCCCUCCUUCUGCCAGUAGGAGGCAGUCUUGCUUUAUCUCAUAAUUUGACUGCCGCAGUUGUUUAGUGUACUCUAUUGUGUUUUGCUUUGUGUGCAAACAUGAUCAAGGACUGAAACAUUAAGAAGUUUCCAAAGCCCAGACACCUAUAAUACACUGCGUGGUCUCUAAUAUAUCUGAGAUUACUAAGAUAUACAUUCAUUUUCUUGUGUAGGUAUCGACAAGGAUUUGCUAAUGUAGAUUUGGAUACUACCUGCAAAACACAGUUUUUGAUAAAAGACACAUACUGUGUUUCUAAGCAGAAUUUUUUGUCUGCAAAUGAAUUUCUUUUUAUGGUAUUUGCAUCUGGGCCGUGUUGCAUCAAAGGCAAAUACCUAAGAAAUAUACAAUGCAGUGACAGUGGUGUAAACAGCAUCUUGUACGUUUGCAUAGGUAAAUGUAUUGAGUGUUGUUUUGAACAGCUAGACUAACAUCUUUGAAGUUUAUCUUGUUUUGUUAUUUCUACAAAAAAAAAAGAAAAA